AGGGGAACUGCGCCUAGGGCCGGGAAGGAAAGAAGAAGGGCCCGCCCCCCGAGAACGGACGUGCUCUGAUCGGGGCCGAGAUGGGAUGAGGCGGCCCUGGCAGGCGAGUCGGCCCAGGUUCGAGUGGGACGAGCAAGGGAGGCCCAUUUGCAAUCGGUGUGGGACCGCAGGGCAUGUGAGUAGGCAGUGCGGACCACGAAGAGCCUCCGAGGGGGGUUUUUAAGACGACCGGCCACAGUGGGUCAUGUGGUCGGCGCCCCCCAAAGUGACCCCCAUAGAAGAAUGGAACCCAAGGAUGGGAUGAUUGGGCUUAGCCCAACAGUGGAGGCCCAGGUAUGUGGCACCAUGGUGCGCUGUCUCGUUGACACUGGUUCCCAGGUCACCUUAUUCUCCGAGAGCUUGUCCCAUGAGCUAUUUGGGGCCUACCCCGCACACAAGGCUGAAGCGCCCUGGUUUACCCUGAAGGGGGCGAACGGCUUAGAGAUCCCCUACAUCGGCUAUCGACUUACCGACUUCGAACUGUAUGGAGUACGAGUUCCGCAGAAGGGGGUCAUCAUCGUACAGGACCACUGCCUCGGCCGCCAUCGAGCCCUCCUGGGUAUGAAUGUUCUCUCGGAGUGUUGGGAGGAGCUAUUUCGGGCUAGGCCCGUUCAGACAAUACCGAGGGCCGAGCGGCCAGGCUGGGAACGAGUAGUGGCCGACUGCAGGCGAGUGCAGCUGGCUAAGAACCAAGAUGGCCGAGAAGAGGUUGGUCGAGUAGCAUGUCGAUUUGCAUUGUCAGUGCCAGCAGAAAGCGAAGCCAUAGUGUGGGCCAGGGUGCCACAACAGCGUCGAGGCUCUGAGAGCUGGGUGUUGGUUGAACCUCACGAAGACUGCACACAGGUGAGGGUGGCCCGAGGACUGACGGUGGUGCGACGAGGCCGAGUGCCGGUAAAGGUCUGUAACGAAAAUCCCUACCCAGUACACUUACACAAGCACCAGCGGCUGGUGACGGUGACGUCGGUCGAGGGACAUCAGGUGCGGGAUAAGGAAGAUGUGAGUUUCCGGCGAGUGCACCCUGCAGUUGUUGAGGUAGCACUAACGCAAGCAGAAGGAGCGUCUAGGACGAGGGAGAAAAAGGUACCGGCCCAUUUGACAGGGGACUCCUUACGAGGAGAGGACCUGGAACAGGAACAGGCAGAAGAGCUGCGGAAGUUACUGGAGAGAUGGCAACACGUGUUUUCUACCCAUGAUGAAGACUAUGGUUGUACGACGGUAAUACGACACAGCAUCCCUACGGGAGAAGCUGCACCGAGUCGGGAGCGGUAUCGGCCGAUACCCCCCACCUUAUACACAGAAGUGAGAACUCUCCUACAAGGUAUGCUGGAGCAGGGGAUUGUGCGGGAAAGCAGCAGCCCAUGGGCGGCACCUAUAGUACUGGUCCAGAAAAAGACGGGGGCUUGGAGGUUCUGUGUGGACUAUAGGAAGCUGAACCAACUGACCAAGAAAGAUGCGUUCCCCCUGCCUCGUAUUGAGGACUCGCUGACAAGCCUGACCAAGUCUGCAUGGUAUUCCACCUUGGAUUUGGCCAGCGGGUACUGGCAGGUACCGGUUGAGGAACGGGACCGAGAGAAGACCGCCUUUACCACGCCAUUUGGUCUUUUUGAGUGGGACCGGAUGCCCUUCGGCCUUUGCAACGCUCCCGCCACCUUCCAGAGGCUGAUGCAACGAUGCUUGGGAGGUCAGUUGAUGGAAUCUGUACUAGUAUACCUUGAUGAUGUGAUUGUGUAUUCCCCAGACUUCGAGACUCACCUGCAACACCUGGAAAAGGUGUUUCGAGAGAUGGAGAGGUACGGGCUGAAAUUACAACCAGAAAAGUGCCACCUGCUGCGCCGUAAGGUGCAGUUCUUGGGACACGUGGUGAGUGCGGCUGGCGUGACCGUUGACCCCGGGAAGGCAAGUGAGAAGAGGGAGCCUGAGAACUUACCUGUCGUAGUGGAUCCAGCGAACGACGUAGCCCCAGAGGCUCCAGGAGAGCCGGACAACUUACCUGCCGAAGGAGCCCCAGAGGCCCCAGGAGAGCCGGAUGAUUUACCUGCGGAAGAAGCCCCAGAGCCCCUACCACAACGCCCCCAGCGGGAAACCCGGGGGCGGCCGCCCAUCCGAUAUGGAGAGUGGGUCACAGGAAGCGGUUCUAGGGACUAG